UCUCCGAGUCGAGAUAGUCGCUCCAGUGCGUGCUGCUAUUUCCUCGUGGUCGGAACUGUUUCUCGGAGACUUGGAAAAGCCAGGGCACAGCUACGCGCGCGAUUUAUUUCAAAUAUUUUGACAUUUUUUUUCUCUUUUAUUUGGUGAGUGGAGAAUCUAGUGUUUUUCGGGGGGCGUGAAAAGAAAAUGUAAGUGAUCUACUAAGAACUGCAAAAGCUGAAUAAAAAAUUCAAGACUCAAUCCUAUUUUCCAAUUUUUUUUUUUUAUCUGAAAAGUGGAAAGGAGUUUAAGUCAAGUUGCAAAGCUGAGUGAAAAAAAAAUCCAGAGAAAAGAGGUAGAAAAUCUGAGAAGAGUUUUGGAAGAGAAAAAACGAGAAGAAAAAAAACAGUAACACUCGUAAAAGCCGAUUCGAUUCUCUGGCUUAUCCCCGACGAAAAAAGGGGGAUUGGUUUGAGAGGAAGGGAUUUAGCUCGAGCGUCGAAUGCCUUCAAUUCGAUCAUCUGAUAAUCAAUUAGGCUUAAUUAUCAAUUAAUCUGGAAAAUUCUGGUUGAGAGUGGUAUUGCAGUUGAUGGGGGUGGGCAAUUGAGAGAUUAUAAAGAUCUACAAGAGCCCCGAGGGGGCUUGGGGGGGACGUAACUCAUCCAUGAAUUCGUUAGGGGCUGCACCGGCCAACGGAUGAUUAUGGAGUCAACAACUUGGAGACGCGGGACAAUGUCGAUCAGAUCGAUUAUCAUCUGUUUUGGAAUUUUAGCUGUUGUUAAUGAGUCCAGAGCCAGUUGGGAGGAGUGGUGGACCUAUGACGGCAUUUCCGGUCCUUCAUUCUGGGGUCUUAUAAAUCCACAAUGGUCGCUCUGCAGCAAAGGGAGACGUCAAAGUCCCAUAAACAUUGAGCCAGAUAAGUUAUUAUUCGAUCCACACUUGAGACCGGUUCAGGUGGACAAACACAAGGUCGCUGGACACUUGCACAAUACCGGCCAAUUUCUAGUCUUUAAAGCGGAUAAAGAGUCGAAGGUCAGGGUUAAUAUCACUGGAGGUCCAUUGGCGUAUCAUUACCAGUUUGAAGAGAUUUACAUUCAUUAUGGAAUGGACAAUAAACUAGGAUCGGAGCAUCGUGUCAAUAAUUAUCCCUUUCCUGCUGAGAUCCAGGUUUAUGGAUUCAAUGCUGAGUUGUAUCAUAAUAUGAGUGAGGCGCAGCACAAGAGCCAGGGACUCGUCGCUAUUUCAAUCAUGGUUCAGCUUGGUGAGAGGCCGAACCCCGAACUCAGGAUCAUAACCAGUGUGUUCAACAAGGUACAAUACCGAUCACAAACGGCCUCAGUUGGUCAUCUAUCCCUGAGGGAAUUGUUGCCAGAAACUGAUGGCUACAUGACCUACGAAGGCAGUACAACGCAUCCUGGCUGUUGGGAAACAGCAGUGUGGCUCAUACUGAAUAAACCGAUAUACAUCAGCGCACAAGAGUUGUACGCACUCAGAAGACUGAUGCAGGGUACUGAGAAAACACCAAAAGCACCGCUUGGUAAUAACGCAAGACCACUUCAGGGUCUUCAUCACAGGACUAUACGUACAAACAUUGAUUUUCACAGACGACCAGAUGCCAAAUGUCCAUCGAUGAAGCCCGAUGCACGUUAUAAAGAUGAAUUUUUCUUUGCAGCGACCACGUGGAAGGAUGGAUCCCUUUCGCUCAAUGGUGUAUGAGCAAUUAAUCAAAAUUAUUAAUGAGAGAAUUCACUGAUUUUAACCGGUAUAUUUCUAUAAGAAUAUUUUAAAACCAUGAAUUUAUUCUAAAUUAACGGUGAAAAAGAAAACAAUGCAAUGCUAUACAGUGCGAAAGAGUUGUGCUUGGUCGUGCAUAGUUUUAUUUAUUUAUGAAUUUUGUUUAUCAAGUGAAAAUGAAGCGACAUAUAUUCAUAACGUGUCACCAAGAGUUGAAGUGGUGAAAUGAGAAGAUGAGAUUAUUUUCACUGAAUUGAAGAAAUGGAAAAUCAAUUUUUUUUUUCACAUCCACGUAAAAGUAAUAAUUUAUGGCCAAUUUUGAGGUCUCGAUAAUGACAUUUUCCAGGUGUCAAUGCGAUUUUUCCGGGCGGGAAAAAAUUUUUGAUGGACUUGUACGGAAAACAGAAUUUUAGAGCCGAAUACAGUGGCCGUAAAGUAAAAUUUUUUAUUGCAAUAGUUUGCAAAACUAUAAACAGCAAAAAAUAAUAUUAUUUUCUCGUCAUUUGAUUUAAUCUACACACUCUCAUCCUCUCACUUUACUACAAAUGAAGAAGAACAAAUAUGCAUCCAUAAAUUGAUAAGAAAAAAUCAAUAAUCGAGAGAGCUUUAUGUGUUCCGAUAAAAUAAUACUCGAAUCAUCUACGCAAGAAAAUAAAAAAAAAGUAUCCAAAAGCCAACUGGAAUGAAAUAAAACGAAUUGUUUGCGGAAAAAAAAUAUUGACAAAAAAUUGUCAAUUAUUUUGUAGAACGAGAUAAUAUACAAAAUUAACUACAUGGAUAAGUGAAGGACGUAAUUAAAUUUUCAAAAUUGUCCUUUCGCGUGUCCCCCAGUGGUGCUGGAGAAUUUAAAAUCAAGUGUUUCUCCCGGAGGGCUUGCCCAGAUGUUUUGUAAUUGUUGACGUUGAUUCGUCGGACGUGACUAAUGAAACAACUUAAACCAUUUAAACAAUGAAGAUGAAAAGAAAAAUUCAUUAAUUUAGAGGAAGGAUGAAUUAACGAUUGGGAUAAAAAAAAAAUAGAUUUUAGAUGAAAAAAAUGGAUAAUUUAUCCACUUGAUUAGCAAAUUGAAUGAACAAUUUUUCACUGAAAAUUAAAUUUUUAUUUUGCCAAGAAUGGAAUUGUUGAUUCAUUUUGUACAUUUUUUAUGACAAAAAAAUUCUAGUCAACAAUUGGAUUAUUGUUGUUCCGUUGAUCAUUCAAUUGACAAAUUUAAUGGAUAAAUAUCCUGUGCUUUUGUAUAUAAAUUCAAUUAUAGGCAAAAUGGAUAAAAAAAAUCUAGUCUGAAAAAAUGAAGAGUGUAUAGAGAAUAAAAAUUGUAUAAUAAUGAAACAAAAGGACUUUACCUGUAUCGAUUAACGAUUGUGGUUAAUGACUAAUGGAUAACAAUAAACAUAAUGUUAUAUUGUAUAAUCU